AAAAAUACAUCAGCGUCUCUUAUUAAAAAGUAUUGACUUCGAGAAAGAGUUGUUAGAAAUUAAAACCCAAUGUUGUUGAUAUUUCUGUUUCUAUUUGGAACUAAACGCAAAACAUAAUCGAUCUUUUACAGACUCUUAAAUACAGCGCAACACUAGUUUCAUAGCUAAUUUCAUUUUAUUGUUUCGAUCGCGGCUACUUCAUGUCACAUUACAUUUUAUCCCGGGCAUUGCCCUUUCAUUAUUGAGUUGGGUUUCCGAACGAAGCGGUUCUUGUAAAAAUGGCGGAUAGUUAAUGUUGCUUCGUUACCAAAGUGUAAAACUAUUGCAUUGUUAUCGGUAAAUUUUAUGUGAAAAUGUGAUUUCAAUGAAUUAAAACGUCUGGUGUAGUGUGAUUAUAGUGCAUUGCAACAUGUGUCGGACAGGGAUGUGUCGUUUUGGAAUCGGAAACUGGAUUUUCUUGGUGGCCAGUAUUCAUUUGUUUACAUAUGUUCAAGGCGGCGAUGACCAGCUGGAUCCAGGCGUGCGGUUCCUGUCCGAGCCCCUGGACGCGGUCGUGGCGGAGGGGGACAGCACGACCCUGGCCUGUUCGGCUGCAGCACACCACCCCACGAGGCUCACGUGGCGGCACAGUAUCACAGCACCACCCACCAGGGAUCAUACGCUCUCCCUCACUGAUAAAUAUAGAAAGCAGCUGACGAACGGGUCGCUACAAAUAGAGAAGAUGUCUGCGACACUGGCAGGCCAGUACCAGUGUGUGGUGACCGUUGACGGAGUGGGCACCAUCGUGUCUAGAGUGGCCACAAUAUUUUUAGCUGAGCUGCCAGUCCUGACGCCCGGUCCCCGUUCGGUGCUCGGCGCGCUGGGUGGCACUGCGCUCCUCACGUGUACAAUGCGACCAGCGCAGCAGGCACGGGUUGCGUUGCGCGUGCUGCUUCCAGCGACUGCUACACCAGACAGGCGCGUGUAUGGUGCUGCACGACUGCAUACUGCCCCGCCUACGCUCAAACUUAAUGUGACAUGGCUGAAGAACGGCUCCCCCCUUCGGCUAGAGGAGGGGCGCGUGUCGAUCACGGCGAGCGGUGCUCUCGAGGUGGAAACGCUACGGCUCGAUGACCAGGCCUCGUACGCCUGCAGGGUGGCGCUGGCACAUAGGCUCGACAAAUAUGUCACGGGCCAGCCCACCGAGCUGGUGGUGAGUGCGGAAGCCGGCAGCGCGGAGUCACCGCCGCGGUUCAUAGCCACGCCGCAGCCGCUCACCGUCAUGGAAGGUGCAUCAGCAACGUUCGACUGCGCGGCGGCCGGCAAUCCGAAGCCGGAGAUCACAUGGCUGAACAACGGCAUCGCCAUAGAUCUCAACGACCUGGACUCGCGGUUCUACCUGGUGGGGUCGGGCUCGCUGCGCGUGCAGUCUGCGCGGGCGCUGGACGCGGGCGCCUACACGUGCCGCGCGCACUCGCGCCUCGACUCCGCCGACUGCACCACGCAGCUGCACGUGCUGACGCCACCGCGAGUGCAGCUCCACUCGGGGCCCGUGGUGAAGGCGCACACGCGGGGCGACGUGACGCUGCGGUGCGAGGCGCGCGGCCGACCCCCACCCAGCCUCGCCUGGCUCAAGGACGGCGAGCCGCUCACGCCCAACAACCACGACAUAGCUAUCGUUGACGGGUCGCUCCGCAUCCAGGGCGUGUUGGCGGUGGACGCGGGCAUGUUUCAGUGUGCGGCGCGUUCACCCGCCGGCGCCGCCGCCGCAGCCUUGCGGCUGGCCGUACUGCCGCCGCGGGACGAUACCAGACUCUCAAAGUCCACCAAAAAAUUAAACACCACUCACAUAUUAAAAACAUUAAUCACCGUCGAUUUCGACACCACCGAUCCUACCCUCGACUCCAACUUCCUCGGGGAGACAUCCUCAGCCUACACCCCGGUUCCUGACAUGUAUUUUGACGAGGAUGUAUUUCAUGCUGCUGAAGACCUGGAUUUGGAUGCUUUGAGGAGCAACGCGAGCAUUGUGUCAGCGCCAAAAAGUCUGAAAGCUGUGCUGGUAAAGCACAGAUUUGUGACCCUCAGCUGGGAGGAACCUGAGCAUAUAGCGGAAGAACUGAUGGGGUACGCUGUAAUGUACAGGGUGAAAGGGAGCGAAAGGGAGCGCGUGUGGCGUGGCGGCGCGGCACGGCACGAGACCAACGUGCCCGUGCAGCCCGCCACCACCUACCAGUUUGUGCUGCGCGCGAUCACAGCACGGGCGCUCUCUCCACCCUCCCAGAUGAUAGAAGUGACGACUCCCGAAGAGGAAUUGACAUACGGCCCGCCGACGGGGUUUCGCGUCGAGACGCUGGGACCGCACGCGAUACGGGCCAUAUGGGAGCCGCCUGCACCGCUCGAGCACGUCACCGGGGUCGUCCCCCCGCCGACCAAGUACCAGGUGUACUGCACCGAGGUGGAGACGGGCCGCGAGCAGGUGCAGGUGGUGGAGGCGCUGGCGGCGACGCUGGGCGGGCUGCGCGCGGCGGCCGAGUACAGCGUGCGCGUGGCGGCGGCCGGCGGGGGGCCGGCCGGCCCGCGCCGCGCGCGCACCGCCAGCGACGCGCCCGCCGCGCCGCCCUCCAACGUGUCCGCCGCGCCCGCCGGCGCCGCCUCGAUCCUGGUGCGCUGGGAGGCGCCCCCCGUGCGGACGCACCGCGGCCCCCUGACGGGGUACAAGCUGCGCUACCGGCCCGUGGCCCCCGGGGGGGUGGGGGGCACCCGGCGGAAAGCCGAUUCGCUGACGACCCCGGCGGACGCGCGCCGCGCUGAGCUGCGGGAUCUUGAAACUGGCACUACGUACCAGAUCCGUGUAUGCGCGAUCAACGCGAACGGUUCGGGACCUUUCAGUGAGUGGGUGACUGCCACCACGCUUCAGCAACUCCUCGACGAGACCAGAGUGCCUGGCAAGCCACCACCUCUUACAACUCGUGCUGGUCGUGACUGGAUCUCGGUGUGGUGGUCGGAGGAGGGCGGGGGGGACGGCAGCGGGGGCGUGGUGGUGCGUAGCUACUGGCUGGGCUGGGGGCUGGGUGUACCCGACGAACAGUCGCGGCAGCUCGCCGCGCACCAACACUCUCAUGUCAUACGGUCACUCGAACCAAACUCCGAAUAUGUGAUAUCGCUUCGCGCGGGCAACUCUCUGGGAUUAGGACCUCCGGUGUACGCCACAGUGCGGACCCGGCCUGCCGCCGCCGAGGGAGACGAGCCCGACUUAGGGGAUGGGGACGGGGACGACCCCGAUGGGGACGACGAAGAUGAGGAGGACGAGCCGCCCCCGUUGAUACCCCCUGUUGGUCUUAAGGCCAUAAUGUUGAGCGGUACCACUGCUGUUCUGUAUUGGACGGACCCCACGCUCGCUAAGGGACAGACGGCGACGGACGGGCGGCGGUACGUGGUACGGUGGGCAGCGGCGGGCGGCCGGCCGCGCUACUUCAACGCCUCCGAUCUCAACUGCAUGCUGGACGACCUGCGGCCCUACACCACCUACGAGUUCGCCGUCAAACUCAUCAAAGGUGGUCGCGAGUCUCCGUGGUCGAUGCUGGCCAGCAACACGUCGCUAGAGGCGACCCCUGGCGGCCCGCCGCGUGAACUACGCAUCAUUCCCGCGGCGCCGGCUGCGCGGGCCGUCGACCUUGCCUGGCAGCCGCCUGCUAAGCCCAACGGCCGGAUUACUGGGUACGUGGUGAUGUACGCAAUACAGCGCAGCGGCGCCGCAGCUGGUGGCGAGGAGUGGACGCCGGUGGCGGUGGGCGGCGAUCGUGUACGGGCACGCGUAGAUCGUCUGCGACCGCGCACCACCUACGCCUUCAAAGUGCAGGCCAGGAAUGCGCGCGGACUCGGGCCUUUCUCUCAAUCUGUCGCGUAUACUACGCCUUUGGAGGCGGGCGAGGGUGGCGGGCUGGCGAGCGCGACGUCGGCGUGGCUGUGGGCGAGCGCGGGCGGCGCGUGCGCCGGCGCCGCCGUGCUGCUGCUGGCCGCCGCGCUCGCGCUGUCGCUGUGCUGCCGCCGCGCGCCCGCGCCGCUCUCGCCCGACACCAGCACGUACCAAAAGUCGUCCGCGUCGGCAGCCAUCAAGCCUCCGGACCUGUGGAUCCACCACGAUCAAAUGGAGCUCAAGCACAUGGACAAGAGUCUGCACAGCUCCGCCAGUAAGAGUACGGCGUACACGCUUUUUUUUAUACAACUAAGAAUGGCAAACAUGCUGACGGCCCACCUGAUGGAAAGUGGUAACAGGCCGUUGUCAGCGGGCAGCACGGAAGGCAGCGCUCUAGCGGCGUCCACGCUGACGCUGGGCCGGGCCGGGGGCGGCGGCGGAGGCGGCGGGGGAGGGGCCGGCGGCGAGUACGAGCCGGCGCGCCACCCGCCGCCGGCGUCGCUGGCGUCGCUGGCCUCGCUCGACAGGCGGCACUACGUGCCCACAUACGUCGAACUUCAGAAUGAAGUCGAAACUGUUGUCAAAAAUGACAAACAACGUGGUAAGUUUGUAAAUUUAAAAUUUUAUAUUUAUCUCAGUGACAGAGACAGGUGUGAUGGAUAUGUAUGUAUGUAUUUACAUAUAUGUAUAUGUAUGUUUUUUUUAAUUGCAGUUAUUUUUUGUUUAAUAAAAAUAAAAAAAUAUAUUUCCCCUACUUGUCCCACAUUUUUGAUUACUUUCUUAUUAUAUUUUUUUAUUUUCUCGCUUUGUUUAGUUUUCUUUCCCGUUUGUGUUGCCUAUUUUAAUUUGUGUUUGUGUUACGUUGUUUAUAUUUUGUUGUGGGCGGGGCGCGUAGACUCGCGGCGGUCGCCAUCUUGCGGCGGCAGCGACGAGAGCGCGGUGCGGUCGUCGCCGUCCGCGCCGCGCUGCGAGCGCUGCGACCGCUACGAAUACAGACCUAUGACGGGCGUGGGUGUGGGCGUGGGCGUGGGCGUGGGUGGUGCGGGCUGUGCCGCCACGUGUGACCGCCGUCCGCACGCGAGGCAUGCGCUCGUUGACCAGAGCACACCGCUGCUGGCGGGCGUGGCGCCGCUGGGGUCGCCGCAGUCGUCGCUGCAUCCUCAGCACCCGCUGCACCAACACUCGCAGCACCCACACCAGCAUCCGCAGCAUCCACCGCCUGCUCCAUGCGGGUCCGGCACGUGUCCGCUGGGGGCGGCGUGCUCGGCGCCUACACCGCCCACGGGUGGGCCCGGCGGCGCGGGCGGCGACAUCUACGCGUGCGCUGCCCGCGAGCGCGGACACUACGUCGCGUACGAGCCGCUCGGACACUACACGCAUCGCGACUCGCUGAGCAGCGAGGCGGCGGGCGGCGGCGGCGGCGGCGGCGGCGGCGGGGGCUCGCUGCAGCGCGGGCGCGGCGCGUGCUCGGCCAUGCACAGCUUCGCGCUGCAGGACGCCGCCUCCGACCACUCCACGCCCUCGCACUCGCGCGGAAGCGUGCGAGAGACAUCGCCAUAUAAAAAGAGUGCAAGCUCGUCUCCCGGACACAUACCUAACAGACUGCAGCUCGGUGGCGGCGUCCCCCACUGCGCCGAGGAAUUAGAGCCACUAACUCCAUCCCGCUCCACCGAGCGGCUGCACCGCGAGAUGCAGAACCUUGAGGGCCUGAUGAAGGAUCUGUCCGCCAUCACACAGCAGCAGUUCCACUGCUAGUGUCUCCUGUCUCCUCGCCAGCCGUGUGUGACCGAGGUAACGCAGCCGGAACGGUGGUUAACCGUACCCGUCUACCAAAGUAUGCAAUCUGACUACCCAGUAACGCAGGCGGACUGUUGGACAACACAGGGCCAACUGGUAACGCAAACGGAACGUCGGGUGACACAGACGGACCGUCUAGUGACGCAAGCGGACCAUUUGGUAACGCAGGCGGAAUGUCGGGUGAGGCAACAGGAUCAGUGGUUACCCAUGUCCGACUAUCAAUGUUGUAUGUGUGAUUGCGUGUCAGAAUGCACAGUGAACUAUGCCGGGUACAGCCAGGCGAGCGAGCUCGACUUCUUACGAAGCCAAUCCGAUGCGAGUUACUCGUGCGAGUACUGUACUAGCGCGUACCACUCGGACAUGUCGUGUAGCGGCGCUAGCACCACCGAACUAAGGCCAAACAUGUCUGAACAUGUCAGUGAGCAUGAUAAGUGCAAUUGUGCCGAUAUACUUAGAGUAUGAAAUGUAAGGACAAUUUAUGCAAUGUGAUCGAUUCUGAGGCGUUAUUUUUCUAAACUUUUCUCUUAAUCUAAUAUUUUAAUUUCAUAAUUGAUUCCUAUGAAAUCGAAGACGGCUUAAUCCAAGUCUGUCAAACGUUCAGGAAACUACAAAAAAUUUAUAUUUUGCCAACGAUAUUCUAUAUUUUAAACUAGAUUAAAGAAAAUUUGAAUAUUAGUAAUAAAUUAAUUUUAAUUAAGAGAAAUAUUUGAAUACAGUGUGUAAAUGAAAUCGAUUUUAUAUAACGUUUAGUUGCCUUUGAUUUUAUAGGCUUUAAUUGCGCAAAAUUAUGUUUUUUAGAACGCCAUAGAGUAAAAUUAUAAUAUUGACCUAAAAUUAGAAAAUUGGCUCAUGUAAGUUACUCUUGAAAUAAAUACCAAUAGAUCGAUAUUGAAAUUGAGACGUUUCACACUCUUGAAUUGCAACACUAGCGACAUAAUAGUCCCAUACUGUUCUGAUAGAUGCAUAUUGGUGCAACUUGCCAAUGCAAACUGUUGUAAACCGAUCCCAAUUAUAAGCUAAUUCCUAACUGUUGCUUCAUGCGUGUAAAAUUGUUGUUGGCAAUAGAUUGGAUUGAUAAUAAUAUUAGAUUGAAGAGUAGAACCCGCAAAAUCAUCAUGUCAGCCUUUAACUGUCCACUGCUGAACAUAAGCCUCCCCCUUGGGGGGGUUUUACCGGUAGUUGUCACGCUUAGGCGGAUUGGCUGGCCAAUUUAGCUUUGGAGAUGUUAUAAGUGGGACGCUGAUGCCCAUCCCUCGCCGUCCCUUAGUCCCGUAGUAGUCGUCUCUUACGACCACGGGAAAGGAAGGGGUGGCUUGUUCUAUGCCGGGACCACACGGGAAUUUUCUAAUACAAUUAAGUAAAAAUUAUUAUAAAUAUAAUUUAUGAUGGCUCAUAAAACAGUAAUUUCACAAAAUUAUCAAAUAAAAAUAUUAGGUGAAGACAUAUGUAGGUGGCGCCUCAGAAUCGGCCUUCAUUAGUGAUCGUAUGUAAAUGAUUUAUUGAUAAUAUGACAACACGAUAAUGAUUGAGAAAUGACUUUAAAAUUCGUCAUUACGUGACACAAGUCUCGCCUUAAGACAUUAUUUUUUUUUUCUUCUAAAACUUGGUAGUUUUAGUAGUUUUUCAGUAUUCACAAGUUAUGGACCGGAAAAUAUUUAAUCGUGAUUUUUUUUAAUUAUUUUGGUUUAUAAUUUAAAUUUUUUAAUAGAAAAUUAUUUAUCACGAAAUAUCGAACGUUUUUCGGUAUCUGUGAUCGCAUAAAGACUAUUUAGAACGUGGUAAAUAAUGUUUUCCGAAAGUUACUAAUUCUAAGUGGCACGUGUGACAGAGAAGCGAUGAUCUUAUAUGGUGAACGUGAUCAAGCUUCUGAAAUGCAUGCCAAUCCAAAUUUCCAUAUAUGUAUUAUUUUAAUGUAAUAACUACUAGUUUAAUUUACGUGUAUUAUCAACUUCAAAAAAGGAGGUUUUCAAUUCGGUUGUAAUUUUUUUAAGUUUGUUAACUCAGUCAGUUGUAAACUGAUUUGGAAAAAGCUUUAUUUGAAAAGAUAUAUUUUCAAGUUGAUUCUAAUAAAAUUUUAUAAAAGUCGUUUUAGUUUUUAAAAUAAAAUAACUAGUUUUACCAUAAUUGAAGUUAUUUUUUUUUUAUGUAUUAAAAUCUAUUAUAGUCGAGAAAGUUCGACAAGUUUCAAGUCUAUGUGGGCCCCUCAAUCAUGAGCGGCUGUGACGCGAGCGUGUCUCAAAUACACGUAAGUUAAACCGGUCGUUAUAACAUUAAAACAUAAUAUGUUCUUUCGAAACUUCUAACAAUAAAAUAUUGGUAAACAUGUAGUCGAACAUGCAAUAUUUUUGAACACAUGUUUCCACAUGUAUUUUACAAACGUUUCCACUCAAUAACUCUUGACGUUUUUCAUAAACAAUUUUCAAUAUUGAUUACAAUCGGAUAUUGAUUAUUAUAUAAUUAAAAUUGUAUAUCACAAAAAAAAACAUCAAUUUUGACAAAACCAGUUAUUACUACUAUAAUGAACAGAUAUUUAUAAAAUUUCUACGGUAUCAAUUUUUAAGUACAUCCUUUCAGGUAAAAAAUGAAUUUUCCAAAUCAAAUUACAACUAACGAAGUUAUGAGGUGAAAAACAUAAAAAAACAAAUACAAACAAAUUGAGAGCCUCCUUCUUUUUGAAGUCGGUUGAGAAGUGCGUUUAAAGAAAAAAUAAUAAUAUUGCAGUCAGAUUGUAUGUAUCAUUGUAUGAAAAUUUCGACUUUGAUGACAAAAAAAAAUUAGUAGUUUCAAAUGCAAAGUUUACCCGCUUUUUUAUACCACAAAGUUGGAAAAAAGGAUACCUAUUUAAUAUUGAAUUGAAGCUAUUAAUGGUAAAACAGAUUUUAGAAGUUUUGAUGGCAAAUUUAAAAUUUUUCAAAUACAUUAUUUUUUGCCGCCAAAAUUCGAAAUUAUGAAGCAGUGGUAAAAUAUAUAAAUGUAACGUUCUAGAAUUUAUAUUAUUAGUUAAAUUUUUUAAAAUCCUGUAGGAAUAUUGAAAAUUGUUUAAUAUUUUUUUAAAACUGACACCUAAUACAUACACCGCUGCAAAUUUGUGUAUGUAUGAACGCGCACAUUACAUAAAAUGUAUUGAAAAAUUCAUUCCAUGAAUCAUUAGGGUUCAAAUUGGUAUGUAUUGCAUAUGAAAGUCAAAAUAAAACCCAAUAUCAAUGUGGAUCACUAUUAUUUUAAUUAAUCCACUAACCAGUACCUAGCUAUAUAGAAAAAGACAAAUUUUCUAGACUUAUUUAUACAAAUUUCUAACAGAAUUUUACUCAACUAUUCCUUUUUUAGUACUUUUUAUAUGAUGCGUGCAUGUAUCCUGAUGUGUAUUGUUUUUUUUUAAUUUGUAACAAGCGUUUGUAUAUAUGGCUCUUAUAUAUUGAACUAAAGUAUUUAAAAUGGAAUUAAAUUAAUGGAAUAUUAAGUAGAACAUGAAAAAAAUGAAUUUAGUUUCAUAAAUUAAGACUGGAAAAAACAUUGUAUAGACUUCAGCUUACUCCCUCCUUUAUUUGUAAAAAUGUCCAAACUCUUAUAAACGUAUUUUGGUUAUUGAAGUGUUUUCUCUCUUUUUUGGGCUAAAUUCUCAAUUUGAAAGACAGUGACAAAACACUUUGAUAGCUAAAAUAUGGUUGUAAGACGUUUUAUGAAUAAAGGUGGGGGGUUGGUAUAUAUGUUUUUGUUACCUCACGCAUGAAAGAGAAUGAGAUGCAGGGUGUUGCUGUCUCAUUCUGUCUCAAGCAGGGGACAGCGAAUUAAGCCCAUUUUGUAUAUGUGUUUUGGGUAUGUAUGUAUAUUUUUAUUACUAAAAUACUUUAUUUUAAUAUAUCUAAGCGCCUUUGUAUAUGUAAAAUACUAGUCAUAUAGUCCACACAUAUAUUAGGUUUAGUAGGCCCGCCGCCCGGCGUCGCUUACUGUACCAAGUCUAGACUAAUCCAUAGUUUUCUUACUAUUGUAUAAACUUUUGAUACAGUUUCAAAUUUGUACAAAUUAUUCCAAGUACAGUGAUAAGUUUUAUUAAUUUUAUCACUUACAUAUUGAUUUAUAGCUCGGAUCAAUAUCUGACAUAUGAUAUACAUAUAUAAUGUAUUAAUUAAACCCGGCGUUAGUAUUUAUUAAUAGGAUCUCAAAAUUAUUUGUUUUUGUAGAAAAAAAAAAUUUGAUUUAAUUUAAAUGAUAUUCAGAUCCACUGUUUGAACACUCUCCGAAUGGAAUGAAUCAUUUCCAUCAUAACCUAUAUUAUAUUUCUUAUUUUAAAAAUGUUUAAAUUCAAACAGAUUGUAAGUCUGAUAAUUUACUUACACUAGAAUUAAUGUGUAAAUAAUUAUUGUAAUUUGUAAGUUUAGACGUAGAUUGCAAAAUACAUGUUUGUGUACAUGUUUUUAUGUACACGCCAAUGGACAUUUAUUAAAUGUAUUUCAGGGGUUACUAUACUGUUAAAUAUAUAGGAUCAUAUGUAUGGGUCAUAGAUACAAGGUUGGGAUCUCAGUCGUUUAUUAGUGAACGAUAUAGACAUUGUAAUGCAACAUUUAUAUGUUUUUAACCAUAUUUAUUAUACAUAAUUUAAAUGUAAAGAAUUUUAAAUACACUUAACGCCAUCUCUUGGCGAUUAGGUUACUAAAAACUGGUUUAUUAUUUCACAUACAAAAAUAAGAGUUAACUAUAAGUAGAUAUAAUUAAAGUUAUUUUAGAUUUAAAUUAUUUUGUGAUAAACAUGUUAUAUUUGAAAAUAACAUGGUAUAACAUGUUAUUUUCAAUAUGGUAAUUUGGUAAAUUAAAUAAGAUUAUUAUAUAUUUAACGGUAUAUAAAUAAUUCCCUUCGUGAUCUAUUAAUGUAAUUUUGUUAAUUUAGUAUAAAUUCAAUUGUAAGUUACAUGUUACUAACAACUGUGUAUUGUAAGUCACAUGUAACUUACAUGUAUAAUUCGAGACUUACAAUGCUCAUUUAGAGCGGGUAUUAUUAUUAUUAUUAUAUUGCACUUAAAUUGUAAAUAUUUUGUACUUUAACACAUUAUGUAUUUAAGAUUAAUGUUUAAUACGAUUUUUUGAUAUUAUGUGAUAGAUUUGGAUAAAGAAAUGGUCUGUAUGCAAUUGUAAACUUGUUUUUGGUAGUUUUUGCAAAAAAAAAAAUCAUUAUUGAUACUUUUUUAAUUUGAUAUUGGCUGUUGUAAGUUACGCUUUAGUAAGUAAAUUGCCUAUGAUUUCCUACCCUGCCA